AUGGAUGUCACUCCUUCAAUAUCAUCUUCUCAAGAGCGUGGACUGAAACAUGCAGCGGGUCCAGGGUUGAGGAUGGUCGAUUCCACCCACAAAGACCAAGAGAUUGUUAGCGAGAAGGACUCCGUUCGCUCCACCGCUCCUCGGAAGGACGGGUCGGGAGAUGUCACAAUCCAUCUUCCCGAGAAACCCGAGCAUGACGGCGAUGGGCCGGUAAGACAGUUCGAGGACGCGGCAAAGGAGACAGCGAAAGCGGACUCAAAGGCUGGAUGGCGGACGUAUAUGAAACUAUGGACCUACGCCACGCCUCUCGACGUCGCACUCCGGCUCUGUGGCCUUUUUGCUGCUUGCGCCGCAGGCGCAACUCUCCCGCUUAUGACGAUCGUCUUCGGGCGGCUUGUGAAUGAGUUCAAUGGCUGGGAGAGGGGCACAAUAAAUCCCGAACGUCUGAGGGAGGCGGUUGAUGAAUAUUCGCUUUGGUUUGUGUGGUUGUUUCUUGUGAAAUUUGGAUGUGUAUACAUCCACACAACUACCUUCACAAUCACGGCAAUCAGGGCCACCAAGGCAAUCCGUCUGAGAUACAUCCGUGCCAUCCUCAGCCAAGACAUCGCAUUUUUCGAAACACGAACCUCUGGUUCCGUGGCAACGAGCAUAUCCAACAAUGUGAACCUCAUCCAGAACGGCCUUUCGGAAAAGGUCGGAAUCGUUUUCCAAGGCCUCGCCAUGCUUGCGGCUUCGUUCGCCGUAGCGUUUUCCCAAUACUGGAAGCUUACGGUGGUCGGCGCAACUACCCUGCCGGCCGCCGUCAUCGCCGUUGGCAUCACCGUUGCCUUGGAUGCACGUGCCGAAGCUAAAAUUCUUGACAUCUACUCAAAAGCUGGGGGGUUGGUUGAAGAAGCCUUGGGCAGCAUCCGCAUUGUAACUGCGUUCGGUGCCAAUGAGAAGUUGCGUAAGAAGUUCGACGCGUACCUGGAAAUCGCUAAGGGGUUCGGGGUGAAGAGGGGCCCGAUAUUAGGGAUCCAAUACAGCGCCGAAUUCUUCAUGAUGUACUGCGCUUACUCAUUGACGUUUUGGUACGGGAUUCGCCUGUUGGUCCGGGGACAUGUCAGUGAUGGCGGCAAGGUUGUUACGGUUCUGUUCGCUAUCAUAAUCGGAACGUCCUCUCUUACGAUGAUUGCUCCUGCGAUGGGUGAGAUCACCAAAGCGGCAGCAGCAUCGAAAGACAUCCUGGACACGAUAGCGAUGGAGACCAAGAUUGAUUUCAAUACUCAAGGAAACAAACCGGAGAGCGUCACGGGCCAUAUCUCCUUGCGCAAUGUAUCCUUCGCUUAUCCGCAGAGACCAACCAUCAAGGUUCUUGACGACGUUGAUAUGCAUUUCGAAGCUGGGAAAAUUACCGCGCUACUUGGGCCUAGUGGUUCAGGUAAGUCGACCAUCGUGGCACUGAUCGAAAAGUUUUACGAAUCCACUUCUGGAUCUGUCACGCUUGAUGGGAAGGAACUUAAGGAACUGAACACCAAGUACCUUAGAAGCCAGGUCGGUAUGGUUCAGCAGGAGACUUUCCUCUUCAACGAUACUAUCUACAACAACGUCGCUCAUGGUCUCUUCGGGACUGCAAAGGACGAAUUCCCGGAAGAAGACAAGCGGAAACUCGUCGAAGAGGCGUGUAUCCACGCUAACGCAGAUUCUUUCAUUCGAAAACUCCCCAACGGCUACGACACCCGAGUGGGCGAACGCGGCUCCGUGCUGAGCGGUGGCCAGAGGCAACGAGUAGCCAUUGCUCGGAGCAUCAUCUCGGACCCAAGGAUCCUUCUCCUCGAUGAAGCCACCUCCGCCCUCGAUCCUAUUGCGGAAAGGGCAGUCCAGGCUGCACUAGAUGAGGUCUCUAAGAAGCGGACCACAAUUGUGAUUGCGCACAAGUUGGCCACUGUCAUGAAAGCCGACAAGAUCAUUGUCAUCGGCUCGGGUAAAGUAGUGGAAGAGGGUAGUCACCAUGCCUUGCUGGCUGCUAACGGUGCUUAUGCUCGGCUUGUCAGAGCUCAAAACCUGCAUUUGGCGUUGGACGAAGAAGAGUCUACAUCUGAUGACAAUGCCAAAGUACAAGAACUCCCACCAGAGAAACUCGAAAGGACUCAGUCAACAGGUUCGACCGCGGUCAUUAGCGCGCAAACCAAGCCGGACGAUCAUUUCCGAAAGAUAUCUCUCGUCAAAUGUGUGGCAUUGGUCCUAAAAGAAAUGAGAUCCGCCCGGUUGUACUUUGUCUGCGGCAUCAUCGCUGCAGUUGCGGGUGGAGGUGUCUUUCCUGCAUCAGCCAUCCUCUUCUCCCGCCUUGUCACUGUGUUCAAGUACGACGGCGCGGAGCUGGAAGAAAGAGGAAGCUUCUGGGCGCUCAUGUUUUUUGUCCUUGCGCUGGGGACUCUGUUUGCGUACGCGUCUCUCGGCUUCUUCUUUACCGUAGCUGGCAUAAUCACCGCUAAAUUCUACCGGAGCGAGUACUUUGACGCCAUGCUCCGUCAGGACAUCGGAUUCUUCGACCUGGAAGGCAAUGCGAGUGGAGCCUUAACCUCACGCCUCUCCACUGACUCCCAGGCCUUGCAGGACCUAGUUUCGGCUAACCUUGGCCUCAUAACCAUUGUGAUCGUCAACAUUUUGGGCUGCUGGACACUGGCCCUGAUCUUAGGCUGGAAGCUAACGCUUGUGGCCAUCUUCGGAUGCCUUCCCGCAUUAUUCUUCGCCGGUUUCAUGAGGAUGAGAAUGGAGAUGCAGAGCCAAGACAAGAUGGCCGCUAGGUACGAAGAGAGUGCACGCUUUGCUUCUGAAGCUGUAGGUGCCAUUCGAACUAUCGCGUCAUUAAAUCUGGAGGCCAAGGUGCUUCGGCUGUAUGGAGAUAGACUUGGUGCUACAGUGAAGAGCUUCUACAGACACGUACUGGUCACGAUGAUCCUUUUUGGCCUCUCGGACAGUCUUGAUCUAGUUGCUAUGGGGUUGGCGUUCUGGUACGGAGGACGGCUGCUGUCGGAAGGGUAUUACAGCGCUGAAAAUUUCUUCGCCAUCUUCGAUGCUAUCGUCUUCGGCGGACAAGCGGCAGGGUUUUUAUUCGGCUUCACACUCAGUAAGUCUAGCACCGUGAACCGUAUCCUGCACCUCCGCUCCCAAAUUCCCACCAUCAACUCCUCCACCGGCGCUCCUCCGCCCCACCCCAAUUCAAGCCCGGCUAUCGAAUUCCGCAACGUGCGAUUCUCUUACCCAACCGCCCCCUCGAUUCCUAUCUUGCGCUCCCUAUGCCUCAAGAUACAUUCCGGCCAAAGCGUUGGCAUCGUUGGCGCCUCAGGCUGCGGCAAAACCACCAUCAUCUCUCUGAUCGAGCGCUUCUAUGAUACUACAUCCGGCGAGAUACUCAUCCACGGCCGUCCGAUACGUGAUCUCGAUAUCUCCGCCUUCCGCGCAACAGUCGGUCUUGUCUCGCAAGAGACCACGCUCUACGAAGGCAGCAUGCGCGACAACGUCCUCUUCGGCAUGCCUUCAACCUUGACACCCGACGAGGAAAUAGUUGUCCGCGCCUGCGAAGACGCAAACAUCCACACCUUCCUCAUGUCCCUGCCGGAAGGCUACGACACGCACGCCGGUACGCGGGGCCUGAGCCUCAGCGGCGGGCAGCGCCAACGCCUCGCCAUCGCCCGCGCUCUAAUCCGCAAUCCUAGUAUCCUGCUAUUGGACGAAGCAACGAGCGCGCUUGAUAGCCAUAGCGAAGCAGUUGUGCAGCAGGCGCUCGCAACGGCUGCGAAGGGGCGGACAACGAUCGCGGUUGCGCAUCGGCUGGCGACGGUCAAGAACGCGAGUUGCAUCUUUGUAGUCGAUGGAGGACGGGUCGUCGAGUAUGGGAACCACAAAGAGCUGUUGGUAAGGAGAGGGUGGUAUUGGAGAAUGUGUGAGGCGCAGGGGCUGGAGGUGGAGGUUUCUUAG